UUCUUUGUUACGCAACAAUCGCUUAUAAGGUACGCGUGUAACAAGAUCUUUCGAUACGUAAGAUGGCCUUUCCCGUGGUUACGUCACUCUUUGUUUGCCUGCAACUGUGCAUCUACAACGCUCGACACGUUCUAUUCUUAAAACCCGAAAACUUCUGCAUAGGAGUAAUGAAAAUAUGCGAGACCAGAGAGCUUUCCAGGUUAUUUUUGGCAUCGUUCGUGCAUCUGGACGAGGGCCACAUUUUCUUCAACACGCUCUUAUUUACCAUCUAUGGUCAAGCUAUAGAAGGAAAAAUAGGAAGCACCAAAUUCCUCUGCCGCCUGCUGAUCCUCGUAAUAACUAGCAACGCCAUUCUUGCCAUUCUAUUAAGUAUUAUGGACACCGUAGAUCGAGACUAUGCCAAACAAUGCAUCGUGGGUGCAUCCGGAGUUAUUCUCUCGCUUAAAGUAUUAGCCAGUCGUUACUGGCCUUUCAUAAGUAUUUUUUCCGUGAAAAUCGAUACGUUUUGGUGUAUGUGGACCGAAAUUUUGUUCGUUCACGUAAUCGAUCCGAAUUCGUCCUUUUUGGGUCAUUUAGCUGGCAUCUUAGCCGGGAUGCUACUGGUUAAAAUGAAUAUUGACGCGUGAACAAACCAAUGACAAUAUGUUUCUACACUAGUGUAUUCAAAUAAAGAAGUAACUUAUUUAUAAUAUAUUAAAUAUAAUCGUGAAAUUCUUUAU